AUGAACUGUGAAGUUUUCCAGCUCAACGAACUCGAAAUCGAGCACUUUGAGAUACGCGAAGUUUUGCGAUGCAUACUGCACACGAUCAUUUUUCAUCGGGCGUUAGGUCUUGUGCGUCCAAAAGAUGUAGACUUGGAACUCUUUGACAUUACCUAUGUUCAAUGUGGAGAGGUUGAGGUUGAAAUGAAAAUAGAAGAGAAAAUUGAGCAGUUUAUUUGUUGGGUGGAGAAGCAUCCAAACAAAAAGAGUCAGAUAUGCUUAUCUUUCUAUGAGGUUAAAAACAAACAGGCAUCUUGGUUCAGUAACAGGAUUGAGCGUUUGUAUUGGGAGCAAUGGUAUAUUAAUCUGAAUGUAGCCCAGCAUCUGAAAUCGCACUCAAGCAAGUCUCAUCAUUCUAAAGUUGCUGAUCCCAGAGAGGGAGCGUCGGAGGAUAGAAAUGCUCGAAGUGCAGCACUUGAAGUAUCACUACGCGGUGUUUUGCUUCAAAUAAUUAAAUUUGUCGAUGAGAAAAAGGAUCAUGUUCCACCAAUACCUAAUCUGGAGGGUGCUAUUUCGUUUCCCUAUGAAAUUACAAUACCUAGUUCAUCUGAUUCUGCAUUUGGGAUGGACAUUAUCAAAAGAAUGCUACAAACUGGGCAUCCAACAAUGCUAAGUUGA